UGUUAACACGUCUGCUCGCGUUUGCGAUGAUAUUUAAUUUUUGCAUUUAAAUGUUCUGUGAACAAAAAGUUCAGUUUUUUUGAGUCAUGGAUCCUUGUCAAGUAGAACGAUUAAAGGAAGAAUAUGACAAGGGUCUUCAUCAGUGUCUGGAAAAAAUUAGACAAUGGGAGAAAUUUAAGAGUGAUUACGAAGUUUUGAAAGAACGUCUGGAAACUUUACCCAAUGCUCUCUCGUAUGAUGUCACAAUUCCUUUUGGCACUCAGGCUUUUACUACGGGUAAAUUAGUUCAUACAAAUGAAAUAAUGGUAUUACUUGGUGAUGACUGGUUUGCUGAAGUUUCAGCUAAAGAGGCUUCAGCCAUAGCAAGUAGAAGAAUUUUACAAUGCUUAAAAAUGUUAGAAGAAUGUGAAAAAGAAAAACUUCAGUUCGAAAAUUGGCUAAAGUACAUCAAUGAGGUUACUAAUAGUGAAGGUUUAGUUGAUAUAAGAGAAGAAUAUGACGAGGAGAAAGAAAAAGAAUGGAGAGAUAAACAUGCUGAAAGUUUAAAAGAAUAUAGAAGACAAAGAACAGCAGAAGAAAAAAGCCAUCAAGAAAACCAAGAUGGUUCAAAAAUGUUAGAAGAAUGUAACAACAAAAAAACGAACUUUGAAAGUUCCUUGAAAAGCAUCAAUGGGGGUUCCGGUGAUGAUGAUUUAAUUGAUAUAAUGGAAGAAUAUGAUGAAGAAGAAGAAAAAAAAUGGAGGGGUAUUGCUAAACAUGCUGAAAGUUUGAAAGAAUACCGAAGACAAACAAUAGCUGAAAAGAAAAACCAUCAAGAAGACCCAGUUAGUUGUAAUUCUGAUGAUGCUUUUGCAGAAAUAUUAAAUAACUUAGAAAUUAAUGAAGCAGAUUCAAAUGAUGUUGAAUCAGAUAGAAAUACGACUGAGUACUCUGAUGAAUGUUCACAGAAUUCUGAAGAACAUUUUAAACCCCCAUUAAAGUUACUCAUCAAUUGUAAUAAUCGGAAGUCUUUCUCUGAAAGCGAAACAGGAGAUGAUGUAGAGGAUUGUAGCAAAAGAAAAGAUGAUAAUGCAAAUACUUUGGAAUGUAAUUCACCUAGUUCGAGUAAGCAUGUUAGAUGGGUUGAUUUGUCAAAACAGAACAUGAAAAAAAUUACAUUUAAGCAUAGCAAAAGUAAAAAGCAUGAUUCAAGUCAUCGUAGGAGAAGCCAGGAUUCUUUCAGUGAAAGUGAUGAUCCUUCUUCAAUACAAAGUCCUUCAGACAUAUAUAAGCAUUUUGGUAGUUACUUCCAAAUGUCUCCUCCUAAAUCCAUCCUUAAAGUCAAACAAUCGCCAACUUCUGACUACAGUGAGCCUUCUUUUCAAACCAAAGAAAACAUGCCAAAGUCGAGUUCACCAGACACAAAUGAUGAGAGUUCAUAUCCUGCAUUUACUGGUGAAGUGAUAGAACGUUCCAGCCCGGUAAAGAUAACUGAGAGUAAGUCAAGACCCAGUUCUCAUUUCAAAAACUCUCGCAAGAAUCGGAAACAUUAAAGGAAGCCAUAAAUCAUUUGAUUAUAUUUUUUGAAAAUAAAAAUUUAACUUUUUAUAACUGA